UAAACAUUAUUUUUUAAACCACCUGUGAUAAUUGUAUUGGUAAGGUCAAAAUCAGUACCUACAUACAUAGUAAUAUUUUCUUUUACCUACUUUAUAUAAAGUAGUAUUUUAUACACAUAUUUUAUACAAUCAUGUAAUAGUUUUUGAGAUAAUAUCUAAUUUUAUUUACUUUGUAGAGCUAGAUAUUUACUUUUUGGCUCCCUGAUACCUUUUUAUAACAUUAUUCUGUUGAAUGUAUUUGUUUUACACGCAAGAAACAUUACUUUAUGAAUUAACUUAAUAAAAUAAAUAAGUGGGUUUCCCGUCUUUUUGUUUGAGGGCUAUUAAAUUAUUAUUAUCAUGAAUAGUUGAAAUUCUGUCCACAUCAAAAUAGAAUUUUCCACCGGAAAUUUGUUUACAUGCACUUAUACUAUGUACUACAUAUCUAUCUAUUGACUAAAUAUGUUGAAUUACUUUCUGAUAAGAAAGGAUAUCACUGUCGUAUUGACAAACUACUCUUAGUGUUUUUCUGUUGUACUGUUUGUUCAUAAAAAUAUGUUACUUCACAGCAGCGUUUACUGUGACUGGAAGAGUAUAAAAACCGUUUAAUUUGCGAGUGAAUAUUUUGAUGAAGAAAUAUAUUUAUUCAUUUAAGAGAAAGGCGUUAAUUUAUCAAUUUUGGAUAGUUUAACAUGACGAAGGAAGAAAUGAUAGCAUCAAAAUCAAGCACGAUGCCAUCUCCAGAGCCUUCCGUUUCAAGUUCCAGUAAGGGCAGCUUUGCAUUAUCCUUGAACAAAGCCAUUCCCAGUCGUCCUGUAUAUAAAAAAUACUGUAGGAGCAAGUCCUUAUCGAACGUAUUCCCUGAAUCUUACACUCAUGGUGAUAUUGCAAGAAUGAGGGAGAGAUUAUUAAGGACAAACUCACAUUUAGAGCCAUCUGCAAUAAGGAAUUUUUCCAGAUCUCAAAAAUUAACCCUAGCCUUAUUAGCACUGGUCGAUUUUAUGAGUUUCUGUUCAAUGUCAAUAAUGGCACCAUUUUUUCCAAGAGAAGCAGCUGAAAAGGGUCUUUCAGAUACCAUGUCUGGGUUCGUUUUCAGCUUCUACGCCCUCAUAGUUUUCAUCACUUCACCAAUAUUUGGAAAAAUUCUACCGAAAAUCGGAGCAAAGUUCUUAUUUGUGCUAGGAAUUCUUAUAGCAGGAAUAUCAAAUAUAUUAUUUGGAAUGCUGGAGUAUAUUCAAAAUUAUACACUUUUUACAACAUUUUGUGUUUUAAUUCGAGGCUUUGAAGCUUUAGGGGCCAGUGCAUUUUCCACAGCUAGUUAUGUAAUUGUUGUAAAAGCUUUUCCUAAUAAUAUAGGAUCUGUUAUAGGAAUUCUAGAAACUUUUGUUGGUCUCGGCAUGAGUACCGGACCAGCCUUAGGAGGAAUUUUAUAUUCGUUAGGUGGCUUCGGUAUGCCAUUUUUUGUAUUAGGCAUAGCAAUGGUAGUUAUAGUUCCUUUAAACUUAUGGAUGUUGACUACCGUUGAAAAUUGGGAUGACGUUACAAGUAGAGGCACGUCCAUAUUAAAAGUUAUAAAAGUACCUGCUGUGAUGGUAACCGGUCUAGUCGUAGUAAUAGUUUCAAGUACUUGGUCGUUUCUGGAUCCCACUCUGGAACCACAUUUGAGGCAAUUUGACUUAAGUCCUGAGCAAAUAGGAUUGAUAUUUUUACUCUUUUCUGCUUUGUACGGGUUAUCCAGCCCAGUCUGGGGCUGGGUUGCCGAUAAAGUCAACAAUCAUUGGUCCAUGAUGGUUGCUGGACUGGUGAUGAGCACUAUCGGUUUGCUGUUACUGGGGCCAUGUCCAUUUCUACCUAUUCUUGAAAGCAACAUAUGGUUAGAUCUUGUGGCACUAUCAAUUUUAGGAAUCUCGAUAGCCUUAACAUUUAUGCCCACUUUCCAAGGUGUCCUAACAAGUGCAAUCCGUGGAGGAUGCAGAGAUAGCUUACAUACAUACAGUAUGGUGGCGGGGAUAUGGUCAUGCAUGUAUUCCUUGGGAGAAGUUAUUGGACCUGCCCUUGGGGGAUAUUUAUUAGAGUAUUACGGGUUUCCCAUAACAGCGACUGUUAUGGCGAGCAUGACAUUUGUGCUGUCCAUUAUUACUUUCUUCUUCUUUUUUUGUAAAUCAACCUACUGUAACGACUGUGAUACAGCAUCUGACAGUGGUAUUAGCGAGUCAUGGAGGAGUUCUUAUAGUUCAGAAGAUUCAAAUGAAAACAGUCCUCUCCUUGUUUCAGCCGUGGAUUCUAGUUAUCGACUGUACACUGAGGAGAAAAUUCAGUAUUAUGAAGAUAGUAGGAAGCAGGAAAAUGAGAUGGGCGAGGCUGAUUCCAAUCAGGUAACUGAUGUAAGAGGGACAGUUGCAAUAACUGGGAAAGGAUCAUGUGAAGUUUAGAUAAUUUGUCAAUGUAUUUUAGGUAUUUUUAGAAUGUCCAUUUUAAAUAAUAUAAAAGAACAAGGAAUUGUUAACAGUUCUUAUUUAACUUGUAUUUAUUAUUGCAUUUUUUUAAUUAAAGUUUUCCUGUUUAUUAACUUUUAAUAAUAAAAACA